AUGCCCAGACUUUUGGUAGCAGUUUUGUUGGUGGCUGUUGUUGGUGUGGCGGUGGCGCAGAGAAAUGUGAGUUGGACUUUAGAUUGAAAAUGAGUAUUGGUGAUUUUAGGGUGGACAGGGUGGACAAGGUGGUCAACAAAGUCAAGUAGGCGGUCAACAACAAUCUGGAUUCCAACAAGGAGGCAACCAACAAUCCGGACAAAAUCAACAAGGAGGUCAGCAAGGAGGUAACCAACAAUCUGGACAAAAUCAACAACAAGGAGGUAACCAGCAAGGAAAUCAACAACAAUCUGGCCAAAAUCAACAAUCAGGAAACCAACAAGGAGGUAAUCAACAACAAUCCGGAAACCAGAAUCAACAAGGAGGUCAACAAGGAAAUCAACAAGGCCAACAAGGUAACCAACAAGGAAACCAACAAUCCGGACAAAAUCAACAACAAGGAGGUAACCAACAAGGUAACCAACAAGGAAACCAACAACAAUCUGGACAAAAUCAACAAUCAGGAAACCAACAAGGAGGUAAUCAACAACAAUCCGGAAACCAGAAUCAACAAGGAGGUCAACAAGGAAAUCAACAAGGCCAACAAGGUAACCAACAAGGAAACCAACAAUCCGGACAAAAUCAACAACAAGGAGGUAACCAACAAGGUAACCAACAAGGAAACCAACAAUCCGGACAAAAUCAACAACAAGGAGGUAACCAACAAGGUAACCAACAAGGAAACCAACAACAAUCUGGACAAAAUCAACAACAAGGAGGUAACCAGCAAGGAAAUCAACAACAAUCUGGACAAACCCAACAAGGAGGCCAACAACCUGGACAAAAUCAACAAGGAGGUAACCAACAAUCUGGAAACCAACAACAAUCUGGACAAAAUCAACAAUCUGGAAACCAACAAGGCCAACAAGGAAAUCAACAACAAGGUCAACAAUCAGGAAACCAACAAGGCCAAAAUCAACAAGGAGGCCAACAAUCUGGACAAAAUCAACAGGGAGGACAGCAACAACAAGGAGGUCAACAACAAUCUGGCCAAAAUCAACAACAAGGAGGUAACCAACAAGGAGGUAACCAACAAGGAGGUAACCAACAACAAUCCGGAAACCAGAAUCAACAAUCUGGAAACCAGCAAGGUCAACAAGGAAAUCAGCAAGGAAACCAACAAUCUGGCCAAAAUCAACAAGGAGGUAACCAACAAUCCGGAAAUCAACAAGGCCAGCAAGGAAAUCAACAACAAGGAAAUCAACAGCAAUCUGGACAAAAUCAACAAGGUAACCAACAAGGAAAUCAACAACAAGGCCAACGAGGAGGACGUAGAAACAAGCGUCAAGUCAGACGCAGCUCAAGAAUUCCUGGAAAUGUUGUUGGAUCAUCAGCUGCUCCAAUCAUCAAUAACUACAGUGCAGCUCCAAUCGCCGGAAAUUCAGUCAGACCUUCUGGAAACGGCUCACUUUUCGGAUCUUCAGCAGCUCCACUUGUCAAUGGUUACAGUGCUGUCCCAGUUUAUGGAAAUUCAGCCGCUCCAGUCGUCAAUAACUACAGUGCCGCUCCAAUCGCUGGAUCUUCAGCUGCUCCAGUUGUCAACGGUUACAGCGCUGUCCCAGUUUACGGAUCUUCAGUCAGACCGUCGGGAAGUGCAUCAUCUGCUGCCCCACUUUUCGGAUCUUCAGCAGCUCCACUUGUUAACGGUUACAGUGCUCUUCCAGUUUUUGGUUCUUCAGUCAGACCUUCCGGAAAUUCAGCUGCUCCAAUCGUCAAUAACUACAGUGCUGCUCCAAUCGCUGGAAAUUCAGUCAGACCUUCCGGAAAUGUCGGAGCUUCAGCUGCUCCAAUCGUCUCACGCGGCUAA